AUGGGGAAUGACGAUGGCUUUGCCCUUUCAAGUAACACGUUAGAGCCGCGCACAGAAGUUAAACAGAGACUGUUUUCCAAGAGUCAUCAGGACUUGGCGAAGGAAACGUGUCCUGCAAAAGAUGAAAGUAGUAGCGAUGAUGAUGCACAUGUUCCAGUGACGGAAAUACACCUGAAGUCACACGAAUGGUUUGGCGAUUUCAUAACAAAACACGAAAUCCCACGUAAAGUUUUCCAUUCAUCCAUUGGUUUUAUCACACUAUAUCUAUAUACUCAAGGCAUUAAUUAUAAAGAUGUUUUAUGGCCCUUGAUAUAUGGCUUCAUCAUAAUGUUUAUUUUGGAUUUAAUAAGAUUAAACUGGCCCUUUUUCAAUAUACUCUAUUGUAGAACUGUAGGUGCACUGAUGAGAAAAAAAGAAAUCCACACCUAUAAUGGGGUAUUGUGGUACAUCCUUGGUUUGAUCUUUUCUUUCAAAUUUUUUUCCAAAGAUAUUGCUUUGAUAUCAUUGUUUUUGCUGAGUUGGUCCGAUACAGCCGCUGCAACCAUCGGAAGAAAGUAUGGUCAUUUAACGCCCAAAUUGGCAAGGAACAAAUCCUUCGCGGGUUCGAUAGCUGCAUUUACAGUGGGCGUCAUCACUUGUUGGGUAUUUUAUGGUUACUUCGUUCCAACCUACGACUACCUAAACAAGCCUGGAGAUAUUGAAUGGACUCCGGAAACAAGCAAGUUGAGUUUGAGCACGUUAUCUUUCUUGGGCGGUGUAGUUGCUGCCUUAAGUGAAGGUAUUGAUUUGUUUAACUGGGAUGAUAACUUUACUAUUCCUGUGUUAUCAUCACUUUUCAUGAAUGCGGUAAUCAAAAUUUUCAAGAAGUGA